AAGGCAUGCAGAGAAACAGGAAAAGAAAUUGGCAGGCACGCAGGAGGGAAGCAGGCGGGCGGGACAAGGGAGCUGACGCCCUGCUCCUCCCCUCCGGGACGUGCCACCGGCACUCCGGGCCCGAGCCCGGCCCUGCUUCCGAGGGUCUGCCUCAGAAUCCGCCCCCAGAGGCGGGAGCGAGCAGGAGCUAUGUGGCAGGUCAGUGCUCGCUGCCUGUGCCGGGCCAGCUCCCGCGCCUGGCAGAAGCGGCUGCCCUGGCCCGGCCCCUGCGGUCCUGCAGCCCCUCGGAGCCGCAGCCCCGCGUGGAGCUCCGGGACGGCCCCCGCCCAGGGACUCUCCUCCAUGGCUCCCUCCAUCCGCCUGUCGCCCGCCGCCCGCAGCCUCUUCGACGAGCCGCUGGCCAUCGCCGUGCAGGGCCUCGGCCCGCGGCAGCAGGUCACGCUGCGCACGUCCUUGCGGGACGAGACCGGAGAGCUCUUCCAGGCCAGUGCCCGCUACCAGGCGGGCGACAACGGGGAGCUGGACCUCGCCCGCUGUCCUGCGCUGCCGGGAGGCAGCUUCUCCGGCCUGGAGCCCAUGGGGCUGCUCUGGGCUUUGCAGCCCCAGAAGCCUUUCUGGCGGCUGGUAAAGCGGGACGUGCAGAGCCCCUUCCUCCUGCAGCUGGAGGUGUUUGAGGGCCACGGGAAGCGCCCCGGGAGGCUCCUGGCCCAGGCGCAGCACGAGCGGGCGUUCCUGCGGGACGGGGUGCGGAGAGUGCCGGUGCGAGAGGGGAGGAUCCGGGCGACGCUAUUCCUGCCCCCCGGAAGUGGCCCCUUUCCGGGUAUUAUUGACUUGUAUGGAACUGGAGGAGGACUCCCUGAAUACAGGGCAUGCCUGCUGGCCAACCAUGGCUUUGCUGUGCUGGCUCUGGCUUUCUACAGCUAUGAAGAUCUCCCCAAAGGGAUGAAGGAAUUCCACCUGGAAUAUUUUGAAGAAGCUGUAAACUAUAUGUUACAACACACCCAGGUUAAAGGUCCAGGAAUUGGUUUGCUUGGACACUCAAAGGGGGGUGACCUGUGUGUCUCCAUGGCCUCCUUCCUAAAGGGCAUCACAGCCACUGCCCUUAUCAAUGGCUCAGUGGCAAACGUGGGUGCAGUGCUCCACUACAAGGAUAUCACCAUUCCACCCCUUGGUUUCAACCUAAAACGCAUCAAGGUCAGCAAGUCUGGGAUUGCUGAUAUUAUUGAUGCAUUGAACAACCCACUAGAAGGGCCUGACCAGCAAAGCUUUAUCCCUUUGGAGAAGGCUGAAUGUUGCUUCUUGUUCAUUGUUGGCCAGGAUGAUCACAACUGGAAAAGUGAAUUCUUUGCAGUUGAGGGAAGCAAACGUUUGCAAGCUCAUGGGAAAGAAAAGCCUGAGAUAGUCUGUUAUCCUGGAGCAGGACACUACAUUGAACCUCCCUUUUUCCCGAUGUGUGCAGCCUCAAUGCACCUGCUAUUUGGAAAGCCUGUGAUGUGGGGAGGAGAGCCCAAGGCACACUGUGAGGCACAGAUAGACGCUUGGCAGCAGAUCCAAGCUUUCUUUCAUAAACACCUCACAGGCAAGCCAUCUGGAACAUCCAGUAAGCUCUGAUACAAAUUAGGUUACUUUACAGAUGAAGAUCCUGGUGUUUCAAGUUUGUUUUGUUAAAUGGCUCAGAAUGAGAACAAGGAGCAUUAGAGAAUAAGCUAUUAAGUUUCUUGGAGGGUGAUGGUGGGGGAAAGCAAGAAAGCAGCUUCCUUUUUACAUACUCCUCUAAUCUUGGUUAGAGGUCUUGGCCUCCUGUUUUAUGUAGUACAGGGUUAUAAGCUGUGGAAAACAAAUGGCAGUGAGAUUGUGUGUGUUUUGAGGAUGAACUGAAGUGGUAGGUAACUCAUCCAAGUUGAAAACCAGGAUGAAAACAUGCCUUGGCCUUCUCAGAGAAAAUGUAUGCCAUUUCCCAGCUUUGUGUUCUGGUUCCAGUAUUCUAGUUUUUCUGGAAGCAGUACUCUGCCUCCAGUAAUCUUUCUGUUCUCCCUGUGCACUUCUCCCUCCUUUGUUGCUCCUUCCCUUUCUCCCAAACCACUAAAAUACAAAUGCCUUAAAAAUACCUAAUAUUUCAUUUACCAAAAGCAGCAAUACUGUGCCAGCACAUUAGCGUGAUGUGACGUUCUGAGCUUAUGCAGUAGAAAUAAGACAUUUAACAGUCUGUGGAAGUUCAUAAGCGUGAAGAAACAACAGAACGUGUCCUGUCAGAUGUCAUCCUGGAGCCGCUCACGGUUAUCUCUUCAGCAUGGCUGGGUGUAGCUGUAGAGAUCCGCAGCACUGUCGGAGCUGCCUGCCUGCACAUUCCCCAAAUGCCUUCUCAGCUGCCUGCUCCUAAGGGCUGCUGAGAACAUCCCCGCUGCAGGGCUGGCACGGCGGCUCCGGGAGGCCGAGUGCUGGGCGGCCCUGAGGCGGCCUGGAAGGGGCCGUGAGGCGGCCGGCCCGCUAUGGCGGAGCGGGGCUCCGGCUGCGGGCCCGCUGCUCUCUGCACAUGGGGGUGAGCGCUCGGCCCCACCGGGCAUCGUCAGUAAUUUUUGGCACCCAAGCGUGGGGCUGAAGGAGAAGGCGCUGGGUGUUACCGGCGCAUUUGCACCGUGUUCCCGAACUCGCACACGCCAGUGCUUCCAGCCUGUAUCGGGCCUCUGCUGUCGCCUGUGCAUCAGGCCCGUUUGCGUUUUGCAUCCACUGUACUUGUAAUGGAUUAAAGUGAAACUUUAACCUCUA